UUCUGUUGCUUUCGCAAGGUAGGAUGGACGGGAUCGAGAGGUCAGACCUAGGUAGCCGCCGCGGCCGAGUGGACCGCAUCAACGCCCUCUCCGACGACCUGCUGGUCCUCCUCCUCGCAAGCCUCGGCUGCGCCGCCGCAGCGGCUCGCGCCAGCGUCCUCUCCCGCCGGUGGCGUGGCCUCUGGACCCACCUCCGCCAGAUCGUCUUCCGCGGCGUCGCGCUCCCCUUUCUUGAAGCAGCGGUCGGCCGCGUGUCUCCGGCGGUUUCCCUUCUCGAAAUCCACGUCCCGGUCCCGGUCCCGGUCCUGGCUGGUCGUCUUGCCUGGCUCGAACCGGCGGGGAUCCGUUCGCUGCUGCGCGCCGCCGCGCGAACCAAGCCUGAGGAGUUUGUCCUCGUCUUGCCGCGGCGCUCGAUACAGUGUGUAAUCGACGCCGACCUACCGUGCUUUCACCGUGCCACCUCCAUCGUUCUGGACUCGUUCUUCCUCCUCCGCGUGCCGGACGGAGUAGAGUUCCCCGUGCUCGAGACGCUGUCCCUCACGGGCUGCAUCGUCGUCGACCUUGACGCUUUGCUCUCCCGCUGCCCCCGCCUGCGCGUGUUCCGGCUCAAAUGUCGCGUUUUUACUCCGACAGCGAACACCUGACGGUCCACUCGCCGUCGCUGCAGGAGCUUGUUGUGGAUACCAAGCAUUCACGGAUACAACAUUUGGACAUCCUUACCCCCUCGCUCAAGCAAUUGAGCAUGUGCCUAAUCCCAUGGAAGAAGACAGUCAUCACUGUCUUGGCACCAAUGGUGGGGAUGGUCUCGUGGUCCUAUACCCAGGGGUCUCCUGCCUAUGGUCUUUGGCGACUCAAGGAGAUGCGGCUUCUGGCGGCGGAGAGACAAGGACAACUCCCUUCGCUGCAUAUUCAUGCAUGCGCGAGCUCGGAUUACUUUUACGGUGAAGAGGACGGAUUUACGCGGGACAUAGAGAAGUAUAUGAUUGCUGACUUUUCUAGUUUAGAGCUACAUCUCAUAACAAAGGGACAUUCUUUUGAAGCACUCAUGGUUCAUCUCCUAGGGACCAAUCGAAUUUGUAGUGCU